GGAUUGUGUGCGCCGGCAGAGAGCUGCUCUCCAUCCCCAUGUGUUCGGCUGAGCCAUGUGCGCUUAGACUCCCAGACCUCCUGUUUCCCGUGAACCAGAGCCUCCACAGAUCAGCAGGAUUGGUGUAGGACCUCUUUUAUCCAGGAAAAAUGCUCCCCUGCUCUUCAUCCGCGCAGAUGAUGGAGGGAUGCGAGGAGGAGAAGGACCCGCACAUGCAAACGGAGUGCAACAGACUGACAGAGGAGAGAGACGAGGCCCAGAGACAACUCAAGCACAUCAAGAGAGUGUCCCAGAUGGUGAUUGAGGAGGUCAGCGUUCUGCAGACUCAGCUGGAGAUCGAGAAGUCGUGUCGGGAGAACGCCGAGGCUCUGGCCACCAAGCUGAACUGCGAGAACAGGAAGCUGAAGUACCUGAGCCUGACGUCGCGCCCGUGUCUGGACGAGCUGUUGCCGAGCAUCUCCGACUGCAUGGCGCUGGAGGCCGACGCCGAGUCCGCCGACGCCGUGGACCGCAGCCCCGACACCUUCUCGCAGUGCCAGCAGCAGGUCAAAGAUGCUGAAGACGGCAGCCAUGACACCUUCACGCACUACCACCGACAGGUUAAAGAGCUGAGGGAGACGGUCAACAGCUUGUUGGAGGAGAAGAAGAACUUCAUGUGUCAGAUCCAUGAGCAGCAGCGCCGGAUUGAGGAGCUGGUCACGCAGUCGGAGCAGGACCAGGCGGAAAUGAAACAGCUCCGUGAAACAGUGGAGCAGCACAGCAAAACCAUCAAGAGAUUCAACAGAGUUUCCACGAUGGCGGCUCAGGAGUACGAGGGGAUGAAGGACCAGCUGGACCUGGAGCAGAACCUGCGGGUCAAAGCCGAGAGUUACGCCCACGAGAUGCUGGUGAAGCAGAAGGAGGCCAACAGGAGGAGCGUGCUGCUGCUCCAGAGCUCUGAGCCGAGCGUGCAGCUGCUGAAGGCUCUGGAGGACGUGGCCUCCGUCACCAAAACCCUGGAGGAGGAGCGUCUGCAGCACCAGCAGGAGCUCCACAGCCUGCAGGCCCAGCUGGAGCAGAGCUCCGUCAAGCCAGAGCUGGAGUCUCUGCGGAGGCAGCUGGAGCUGCUGGAGGUGGAGAAGAGAGAGGUGGAGGGACGACUGGAGCAGGCGGAGAAGAAGAACGGGGAGCUGGAGAAGAGAGUGGACGAGCUGCAGGACGUCCAGGACCAGAUCUCCGUGACGACCAGCGAGAGCCCUGGGGUGGCCCCGCCUCCUGCCCCGCCCCCUCAGCCGCCCCCGCCCCCUCCUCCUCCUCCGCCCCCUCCCCCGCCGCCCCCGCCCUCCAGGUGCAACCCCCUCAGCUCGCUGAUCGCCAUCAUGAGGAAAACCUCCAAGACCUCCAAAGCCCCGGCCAAGGUGGAGCCGCCUGCAGCGGACGACGUGAAGGUGAAGGCGGUGAACGAGAUGAUGGAGCGGAUCAAGCACGGCGUCGUCCUGCGGCCCGUCAAGACUCAGGACCCCAAGGUUCAGAAAGUAGCAGUAAAACAGCCUCCGGCCGUCGAGGAGAAGCCGCAGGAGAGCGCCAUGGAGGAGCUGAAAGGCAUCCUGGAGACGGUGAAGAGGAGCCCCAGCCGAGGCUCCCAGGAGCCGGGGCCCUCGCUGCCGGGGAAGAAGGACGAGGGACGGAGCGAGCUGGAGGUCAUCCUGAGACGCCGACGCAACAAAGCGGGAGAGGCCGGCUCCGGAGAUGAGGGCCAGAUGAGCCACGUCUCGUCCUCAGACAGCCUGAACGGACGACGCACCAGCAGCGACUCGGGCAGGGACUCGGGCAGGGACCCGGACGGCCCCGGGGGGCUGUGCUUGCCCCCCGACCCGCCGGGGCCCCGGGUCAGCCCGGAGAGACGGGGCUCGGGCCCGGGGCCGGCCGUGGCCCGGAGGAAGAGCUCCGACGUGGGGAGGGACAGGAGGUCCUGCAGCUCGGAGAAGGAUGUCGUCGCCGCGUCUCCGGUCAGCAACGGCUGCAUCAGCAGCGAGGAGGAUCGCGACAAACCAAACGGCCUCAGCCAGCCGGAGCCCAGCGAGGACGCCGCCAUCGCCGCCGCCGUCACCACCGACGCCGAGUGCUAGGAUGAACUCUGACGACCCCAGUUCUGUUCCUGCAGUCUGAUUGGUGCUCGUGUGAGAGGGGCGGGAGCUUUAACAUGUUGGCCUUUUAUGUUUGUUGGAUCAAAUCCAGAAUGGAAAAGUUGUUUUCUCAAAUAUCUCAAAGCGCAGAGGAGCCGGCAGCGACAGCGUGCAUGUUACAGAGCCGGCGGGUUUCUGUAGCAGCCUGAGUCUCGGUGCCAAUGUUUCCUGGAGCCGACGACGGCUCGGUGGGAAACGUGACAUGAACCCUGCAAAGACUGCAACUGUCACUCGUGUCUAGCUUAAAUCUGCACAUGAUACUUCUCUGGUUCAACGGGCUCGUUUUCCUAGGAAUCUGUUUUCUAUUUGAACUCCCGUCUUUCUUGCAUGUCGUCUCUUUCUGAGGUUCUUUUUUUAACCAACGCAGAGACAUUUUUCUUUGCUAUGCAAGAAAAUAGACAGUGACAGCUGCAGUCCUUUGCCAUGUUUGAAGGUUGAGUUCUACAAAAAUACCGAGAUGAAUUCAUCUCCGAGAUGCAGAUGAAUUCAAGCGACCUUAGAUAGUAAUACCAGCUCUGACCACACGGGGGCGUCAGCGUUCUGAUCAAAAAUCCUCCGCUUUAUUCUGAGAUCAAAUAAUAAACAGGUUAAGAGAUCAUCAGCAUAAUCUGGCAUAAACAAAACAUUAUAACUAAAACGAAGAAAAGUAGGUUCACAAACGUGCAGAAACAUCUGUCAAGGAAAUAAAAACGAGUGAAAGAAGGAGAUCAAAUAUAAAAACAGUCUUAUAACCUGAAGAAGAAAAAAAGGAUUGUUCUGUUUUACAUACGAGCACCUAAUAAACACAAAUAUGAAGAGAAAUAAAUCACUGGAACUGAUAAAACUGUUUUAAGAAACUCAUUAAAACCUAAAGAAGUAUCAAAAAUGUUAUAUAAAGACUUACUAAACACACAAACAGAAAACAAAUGCAUAAAGUACAACCCUUUUUUUAAGUUGAAAACUAUAAAGUAAAUUAGGUCAUUAAAAUAAAAAUUUGAAGAAAGCUAAACAAGAAAACUAAAACAACCCUACUGUGAUCUAAAGAACCUGCUGCCCACGUAAAAAACGAGACGAGCAGGAUAAUAUGAUCAAACUGAACAUAAUAAAAAUAAACUUAAGGAGUGUAUAAAAUCCAGGAAAUCCUCUAAAAACACUUUCUGAAAAUCCUCAGGAAGUGUUUCAGAACCACAACCCAUUGUUCUGGUUCUGAAACAUCCCACAGCGAGCCAGUUUCCUCUCCUUAGUCCUACAGUAGAUUUAAAGUAGAAAGCAGGUUUCAGGAAAGACCGCAGACCCGUUAUUUUCCAUGUGCCUUCUGUAACUGGUGAGAAAUCCGUGAUUAUUCCUUAGAGGCGGCUCGAUGCUGCAACACCAAGCUGAGGAUCAGUGACGUUUGCAGCAUCCUGCAUCUGCAGCCUCAGCAGUUUCACUGCAUGGUUAUAAACUGAAGGAAGGGACUGCAACGACUGGACAGAAGGCUUUCCACUAAACCCCCGAGAGGAAAGCUGUUCCUCCGACUCUCUGACCUGCACCACGCUGCCGCUCCUCUGUUUGAUGCACAAAGGAUGUGCUCAGGGCCACUUUGCUUCCUCUGCUUACCCUCCACAGUCUGUGUUUUAACCGCCGUGGGGGAUGUGGGGGUUGAUUCCCGGGAGCUGAUUUAUAAAUAUUUUUCGGAUUGGUCUUGUGCUCUACGCUGGUGGUGGAUUAAGGGGGUAAAAUCCAACUCAAACCUGCACAGAUCUGAAAGGUUCCCUGCAAGUGAGAGAUGUUAAAGUGGAGUUAGGUUCAUGGAAAUGUUGCCAGAUUCUUUAGUGGGGAUCGAGUCACCGCCGGCUGAAGUUUGGUGCACAGGGAUGACAAGCGCUACCUGACCCGUGCAAACUGCUACGGAGGAGUAUCAGGGCCAUGCAGGAGAACAAAUAUUUGAGAGGGGAAGACAAUUUCGAGAAAAAAGUCGAAAUGUAGAGAAAAAAGUCGUAAUGUCGAAAUUAAUGUUGAAGUACAAAUUUGAGAAAAAAGUCGAAAUAUCGAUAAAAAAGUGGAAAUGUCGAGAAUGUUGAAAUACAAUUUCGAGAAAAAAGUCGAAAUGUGGAGAUUAAUGUUGAAGUACAAUUUCAAGAAUAAAGUUGAAAGUUCGUGAAUAAAGUUUAAAUU